ACAACUGAUCAGUCUGUAUAUGCAGUAAAGCAUGCUUGUUAUACUCACUGUGGAACCUAAGGGGUUAAUCCUCUGCAUUGUGUAAAAGGGAUGUUUGAUCCUCUCUUCUUGUCUCCCAAAUAUCUCCUGCUAGAACAGAGGCUAGGGAUGAGCUGCUCAUGCUCAGUUUUGCAGUGUAUUGAUAGAGAGUUUUUAUUUUCUUGGGAGAGUGCAUGUGAUCAGCACAGGUCCAAUAAGCACUCUCUAGACAGAGGUCAGAGGUCCUGCAUCCUCCUACAGGAG